AUGGAUCUACGAUGUCUCAGACACUUACGAUGUCUGGUAAGAUGGAGCAACGAUGUCUCGGACACCUACGAUGCCUGGUAUGAUGGAGCUACGAUGUCUGGGACACCUACGAUGCCUGCGGCCUGGUACCCGCUCCUUCAGCGGCCUGGUACCCGCUCCUUCAGCGGCCUGGUACCCGCUCCUUCAGCGGCCUGGUACCCGCUCCUUCAGCGGCCUGGUACCCUCUCCUUCAGCGGCCUGGUACCCGCUCCUUCAGCGGCCUGGUACCCGCUCCUUCAGCGGCCUGGUACCCGCUCCUUCAGCGGCCUGGUACCCGCUCCUUCAGCGGCCUGGUACCCGCUCCUUCAGCAGCCUGGUACCCGCUCCUUCAGCGGCCUGGUACCCGCUCCUUCAGCGGCCUGGUACCCUCUCCUUCAGCGGCCUGGUACCCUCUCCUUCAGCGGCCUGGUACCCUCUCCUUCAGCGGCCUGGUACCCUCUCCUUCAGCGGCCUGGUACCCGCUCCCUUCAGCGGCCUGGUACCCGCUCCUUCAGCGGCCUGGUACCCUCUCCUUCAGCGGCCUGGUACCCGCUCCCUUCAGCGGCCUGGUACCCGCUCCUUCAGCGGCCUGGUACCCUCUCCUUCAGCGGCCUGGUACCCGCUCCCUUCAGCGGCCUGGUACCCUCUCCUUCAGCGGCCUGGUACCCGCUCCUUCAGCAGCCUGGUACCCGCUCCUUCAGCGGCCUGGUACCCGCUCCUUCAGCAGCCUGGUACCCGCCCAUUCAGCGGCCUGGUACCCGCUCCUUCAGCAGCCUGGUACCCGCUCCUUCAGCGGCCUGGUACCCACUCCUUCAGCGGCCUGGUACCCUCUCCUUCAGCGGCCUGGUACCCGCUUCCUUCACCGGCCUGGUACCCGCUCCUUCAGCGGUCUGGUAUCCGCUCCUUCAGCGGCCUGGUACCCGCUCCUUCAGCGGCCUGGUAUCCGCUUCCUUCAGCGGCCUGGUACCCUCUCCUUCAGCGGCCUCGUACCCGCUCCUUCAGUGGCCUGGUACCCGCUUCCUUCAGCGGCCUGGUACCCGCUCCUUCAGCGGCCUGGUACCCGCUCCAUCAGCGGCCUGGUACCCUCUCCUUCAGCGGCCUGGUACCCGCUCCUUCAGCGGCCUGGUACCCACUCCUUCAGCGGCCUGGUACCCUCUCCUUCAGCGGCCUGGUACCCUCUCUUUCAGCGGCCUGGUACCCUCUCCUUCAGCAGCCUGGUACCCGCUCCUUCAGCAGCCUGGUACCCGCUCCUUCAGCAGCCUGGUACCCGCUCCUUCAGCGGUCUGGUACCCGCUCCUACACCAGCCUGGUACCCUCUCCUUCAGCGGCCUGGUAUCCGCUCCUUCAGCAGCCUGGUACCUUCUCCUUCAGCGGCCUGGUACCCUCUCCUUCAGCAGCCUGGUACCUUCUCCUUCAGCGGCCUGGUACCCGCUCCUUCAGCGGUCUGGUACCCUCUCCUUCAGCAGCCUGGUACCCGCUCCUUCAGCAGCCUGGUACCUGACCAUUCAGCGGCCUGGUACCCGCUCCUUCAGCAGCCUGGUACCCGCUCCUUCAGCGGCCUGGUACCCGCCCAUUCAGCGGCCUGGUACCCGCUCCUUCAGCGGCCUGGUACCCGCUCCUUCAGCGGCCUGGUACCCUCUCCUUCAGCAGCCUGGUACCCGCUCCUUCACCGGCCUGGUACCCGCUCCUUCACUGGCCUGGUACCCGCUCCUUCAGCGGCUUGGUACCCUCUCCUUCAGCAGCCUGGUACCCGCUCCUUCACCGGCCUGGUACCCGCUCCUUCAGCGGCCUGGUACCCUCUCCUUCAGCAGCCUGGUACCCCCUCCAUCAGCAGCCUGGUACCCGCCCAUUCAGCGGCCUGGUACCCGCUCCUUCAGCGGUCUGGUACCCUCUCCUUCAGCAGCCUGGUACCCCCUCCAUCAGCAGCCUGGUACCCGCUCCUUCAGCGGCCUGGUACCCGCUCCUUCAGCAGCCUGGUACCCGCUCCUUCAGCAGCCUGGUACCCGCUCCUUCACCGGCCUGGUACCCGCUCCUUCAGCGGCCUGGUACCCUCUCCUUCAGCAGCCUGGUACCCGCUCCUUCACCGGCCUGGUACCCGCUUCUUCAGCGGCCUGGUACCCUCUCCUUCAGCAGCCUGGUACCCCCUCAAUCAGCAGCCUAGUACCCGCUCCUUCAGCGGCCUGGUACCCGCUCCUUCAGCGGCCCGGUACCCUCUCCUUCAGCGGCCUGGUACCCGCUCCUUCAGCGGCCUGGUACCCGCUCCUUCAGCGGCCUAGUACCCGCUCCUUCAGCAGCCUGGUACCCGCUCCUUCAGCAGCCUGGUACCCGCCCAUUCAGCGGCCUGGUACCCGCUCCUUCAGCGGCCUGGUUCCCGCUCUUUCAGCGGUCUGGUACCCUCUCCUUCAGCAGCCUGGUACCCACUCCAUCAGCAGCCUGGUACCCACUCCAUCAGCAGCCUGGUACCCUCUCCUUCAGCGGCCUGGUACCCGCUCCUUCAGUGUCCUGGUACCCGCUCCCUUCAGCGGCCUGGUACCCGCUCCUUCAGCGGCCUGGUAUCCGCUCCUUCAGCGGCCUGGUACCCGCUCCUUCAGCGGCCUGGUACCCUCUCCUUCAGCGGCCUGGUACCCGCUCCUUCAGCGGUCUGGUACCCGCUCCUUCAGCGGUCUG